GGGCAUGUGUGAACAAGUCGCCUUGAUUAUGAGCGCAGGCGGCGGGAUGAUGAGGGGCAAGCGUCUUUGUUUGCCUGGCACAGGUACCGAAACCAAAACAAAGCAUUGUUAGAAGGGAGUGCGGGUUCGCGGCGAGAAGGAAUGAACGGCGCGCGGAUGUGUGUUGGCUGUGGAGCUUUCGUGGAAGUUGGAAUGAAAACCGAAAUGCGCUGAACGCCUUGCAAGUUGUUGUCGUUCGCGGGGAUGAUGACGGCGCCGAACAUUUGCAUCGUUUCUUCGGGUCGAGGCGAGCUUGUGGACAACAGUCGCUGACCGGGCACGGUAGUUUUUCUUGGAUGUGUUGUUCGUUUUGAUGAAUUUUGUCUGCUCGUGGCCAGUGCUCCCUCAGUUUCGUUCUUCUUGAGUGGCGAGAACGACGUAUGGUGAAUUAGGCCAGCUGCAACUGUUUACUGCCAGCGUAGAUAUAUACAUACCGCGAGUGGCUUUGUGAAGCGUCCGCUACGACGCAAAAACCGUAUUCCGAACUAUUUCUUCUCCAAAUGUCAAUUAGUUCGCGGUAGCCGUGAAGAUUUUGAAGAGGAGGUUGUUUUCAUUCCGAAAUCGAGGUGCUCAAAGUGAGAAUUUCUAAAAGUGCGUAGAACUGUGGCCGACUGUUUUGAUGCCGAGGCCUCGCGGUUAUUUGCAGGUAGAAAACCUUGUGGGUCGUUGACGGUGGAGCUCGCGUCGCCAUUGUGCAUCUUCGAACGAAUUCAGUUUCAGCGUGCAAAGAAUAUACUGCUUGGGAACAGGAAAUUGCAGGCGGAGGCGUUCAUAAUAGCAAACGAAGAAAAUCAACGGCGGCAACUCGCUUCAUAUACAUACUGAAGAUAGUGCAGUAGUUUGAGGUCUUUUUCUCUGAAACGCUUUAUAAAAGUUUGCAAAAUAGGUUACUGCUUCUCAAAAAGAAAAGCUACCAACGGCAUCGGCCUGGACUCGAACAGAGAAAACCAGUUUUCAUUUAGUUGUGUCGUAUCCACAACUACUUCAAUUUGGAUAUAAUUUAUAAUUUCACGUUGAAAAUAACUGAAAUUUCUUACGGUUCUAACAAAGGACGCGGCCAACGGGCACGCAAACGGCACAGCAUCUAACGGCACAAUGGUGAAAACAUUUCAAGCCUACCUACCUCCGACUAACCGAACUUACUCCUGCGUCCAUUGUCGGGCGCAUUUAGCUAGUCACGACGAGCUUAUAUCUAAGUCAUUUCAAGGUAGUCAAGGUAGAGCAUAUCUUUUCAAUUCAGUAGUUAAUGUAGCCUGUGGCCAGGCAGAAGAACGAAUUCUACUAACCGGGCUUCACGCAGUUGCCGACAUUUAUUGUGAAUGUUGCAAAACGCCACUAGGAUGGAAAUACGAACACGCUUUCGAAUCGAGUCAAAAAUAUAAGGAAGGCAAAUAUAUUAUUGAGUUAGCUCAUAUGAUCAAGGAAAAUGGCUGGGAUUGAUGUGCUUUUGUAAACGCUUGACCGUGUUUAUAGAUGUGAAUGGAGUAGCCGAGAAAGGAUUUUCUUAAAGCAGAUGGCACAUUGUCAAACAUACAGAUGUAUUAUCAAUGUAAAAUUGACGACGGCAGCUUCACAAGCUUCACAUUUGUCUAUCUCUUAUUCCCUUCUAAAUUUGUUCACUAUCGAAACAAUCUUAAGAGAGUAAAUAGACGAAACGUCGCAAUGUAUAUAAUAUUCGGAUGUAAGAUCAGAUUUAGCUUUUAAGGAUUGACAUAUACGUGGGCUUACAUGUUUUGCGCCUUGGCUAAAUGUCCACUUCGGAUACGAAUUUUUUAUAAUUAUUUCUUUGGGAUUACAACUCGAUCACUUGAUAGAAUGCUGCCGAAAUUUGUCCGUUUAAGCAGACGAGCAAGAAUGGCUGCUCAAUUGUUUUUAAUGCAACUAGUCUUCAGCUGAUGAAUCGCGCUAGUAUUUAGCUGCGUAGAACUUUCAGAUCAUAAUAUUUUUAGCCCGCUAAUGUUGCACUGACAUUUGAGGCCACUAAAUGCAAGCAGCUUUCGAAUUAGACUCCUGCACUGGUGACGGAACAAAUUUAAAAUCACGUAGAAAUCUGUGAUUGAAGGAGCACACUUUGUUUUGUAAGAUGCAGAGUAUAUCCAAGAAAUAUAUUAGAUAGCUUUCAUUUACUACAUAAUUUCACACAUCUAUGAUUAUUUGCUUUAAAAAUAUGGAACUAAGUUGCACAAUUCUAAAGUAAUAUGAACAUGUUCUUGAAAUAUACUCGUCGUGCUGUCUACAAAUAUAUUUGUAAAAUCCGGGUAGGACAGAACCUCGAGAGUUCCAACACCUAUAUGAGUAAACAGAAAUCCCAAUAUGUGGCUUAAAUAUUUGUAAGAUAAAGCAAAGAAGUUCACAAAAACCAUCGUAUAUACAUGCGGUAUACUUUGAAGAUAUGCAUCACCAACAAUAGAAAAAUAUAUCGUGUACUGUGUAACUUCUAGACAAGCAAAAAAUACAUUAAAACAAGCGAUGAAACUGCCAAACAAUCUAAUGAAUAAAAAUAUUAGGAAUAAUUUUAUUAAGGUUAUAAUACACCAUAAGUAAACGAGUAUGAACAUGAAAAAUAUAGAAUUGAUAAUGAGAAAGAGAAAAUGGCGGCAACAACGCGGAUAUGCGUUUACGCUCUCGUUAUGAACCGGUUAGCAGCUAGAAACUGAACCUUAUGGAUGUGUAAUUGGUAGUGAUUGCAGUCUGCUAAGAAUGUCAGGCUUAUGACAAUUCCUAAUUGGAUUACUUUUUCUCAAUGGAGUACUUUAUGCUCGAUACAGUCUUGCUUUGUAAAGAUGGAAUUAUCAUCGAGAGUGGAAAAUUAAGUUGCUAACUCUUUCCUAGAAUAAUUAUUUAUUUUGCCAAUAAAUCCAAAAGGAUCAAAAAUGAGAUCGGUACUUGAAUUUACAAUGAAGAAAAUAUAUUAUUUUUGAGGUUUGUGGUGAAAGUCAUAUUUGGGACACUUUCAUUGAUGGAUGAUCCUAUUUCUAGGUUAUCUCUUGCAAGCUGUAUUGCAGUCUAUUCGUGAACUGGUUGAGUUAAUUUCCACUUCCACGAAAAAACUUAGGUUAUUUCCCCCUAAUUCUUGCUACGAUUCAUUGGAAAUUAAAUAUGAAAAUCAUCCAGCUAGCUUCAUGUUGAGAAGAAAUACUGAAAAAAUAUUCAAAAUUUAAGUGGACUACAUUUGAAUGUGUAGAAUUAAUAUUAUUAUAAAAAAAAAAAAUAAUCUGAAUCUCCAACAAGCAUUGGGCGCGUGAAAUGCAAUAGAUGAACUCAUGCUUUAAGAUCAUUUACCUCACAUUAAUGAUGGGCUAAUGUUAAGUUCAAGCACCAGGAAAAUUCGGCCGGAAUUACUUGAUUCUACUCCAUUAGGAAUUGGCAAUUGAAUUCAAUUCAGUACAGUUUAAACUUGAUCAAAUUUCUUUUUAGCUUUCGAUUCCGUCAUCCUUUAUAUUUUUAAAUAUUCAAAUCUAUUUGUUUGUAAACAUCAGUGUAUGAGAGAAUAUUAGCAAACACAACCAGUCACAAUCAAUGCAAAUUCAAGUUUUCUUCUCAGCUUUGAAUGUGAAUUGGUCGUCUAAAAUUUUUCCGAGGUUAAAGCAGUAUUGAUUUUUUAAGAGUUUUCAUAAGCCCUUAACAUUUUAAUUUGCGCUUUCUUCCAUCCUCAGAUAAGGUGGAUUUAUUUUUGUUCUUUAUAGUUUUAUACAUAGAAAGAAAAAUGUGCAAUUGUGAUAUAAGAAAAUUUCUUAAUAAUUUUAAUCUGUAAUAUGAGAACGGUGAGACCAAACUAUUUAAGGAAAAUGUGUGAUAUUCAUUAAUAAAAAAUAAAGUAUAAAAACAAUAGUUGUAUUACAUGGAAAAACACUAAAAAAGAAGUACAUACAUUGGUAACUAUAAAAUAUUUUCAUAAUUCAAAUGAUGGUUUUAAAAUAUAAAAUUAGAACAAACUGAUUCUUACAUUAUUUAUAAUUUCUACAAAUACAUACUAUAACACUAAAUAAAAACGGAAAUAUAAACCAAUGCAAUGCUA